AUGGAUUCUUCCCUCUCGAUGACCUCCACCACACUUUCAACAACGCUUGCGCUCCUGAACAUCCUUGUCCUCUUCGCUAGUGCGCACGCGGUUAUGAAUUACGAUCCGAAUAUAUCCAAUGGUACAUGUUACUAUGCGAAGAACAAGCAGGCAGAUCCUGUUUAUGCACCAGCAGGAAAUGUCGUAUUCGGGCAUACUUAUUGCUGUCAACUGGGGGACAAAUUGAACACCGGCACAAGCGUCUGCGUGACACAGAAAACACCAUAUUACACCUACAUCGCCGGCUGCACGGAUCCUGAUUACAGCGACCAAAGCUGUCCUUACAAAGGAAAUUACACCGAUCAUCAAUGGGUAGGCAUGGCAUUCUGUGAAGGAAAGGACGUAUGGGUAGGCUGUCCAAAUGGUGGAUCGUCGAAAGUAGGACCGUCACCCGAGAGUGAGAAUUGUACUUGUGACCUUGAAGGAGAUGACCCAGACGUGAUCUUGGUGUCUGCUGCUCAGCAAAUGACAGCAGGCGGCCUUCUGCCAGCGUCAACCGGUGGGGAUAUUACGUGGUAUGGUGGCCAGUUCCCAUCCCAUACUGUCAUGCCAACUACUCAGGUGGUCGAUGAUAUAAGCAGUGUGGGCAGCUCUUUGACAUCGUUGAUUGAUCCUACAGCGUUGCCCUCCGACAGUACGCCUUCUGACAACACUACAUCCUUCGCUGGUAAAACCUCUUCCACGAGCAGUACACAACAAAAGUCCACCUCUUCGCUAUCACCUUUGACUACGCCAACCACUGCUUCUGCUGCUGCAGACGAUACAGUAUCACACGACUCCAAUAAGUUAGGCACCGGGGCUAUUGCUGGAAUCGCAGCUGGAAUCGUUAGUGCCUUGUUUCCUAUCGUUGUGUGCCUCUAUCUCAUCUUUCGGGACCGACAGAGACGACGAAAACAACACGCAGAUCCUGAUGCUCAACAGUCACCACAGAAGCCACCUAUCGAUGCCGAACCCACCCUUCCUGACGUUGGAUCGCCCUGGCUAGAUGACAAACCAGAGCUUCCUUGCUCGUCUGAGCAGGAUGGUUAUAGCAAAUCAAAUAUUCCAAUAGGUACAGCUAUCACUACGCCAAGUCAGUCAAUACCGCCAAGCCCACUUCAUACAGCUCAGGUCUAUAAGCCAUUUACCUAUCAACCGAGCACGAUGGACGAGAUUCAAGAGCUACCAGACCAUGAAAGACCGCAAUGGGCUCAGACGAAUUGGGGCACAUAUGGACCAUAUCGAAAUACAUCGCCAGAGCAGGCUUCGAAGGGUAAUGGUCCGAAGGGAAGUGUUCACGAGUUGCCAGGUUGA